CUCCCUUUGCUUUUGGUUUGUAGGGUCCCCCCUCCACCUGCACAUCCUCUGCUGCCUCUCAUUAUUAAAUCUUCCUCACGCACCCUCUUCCUUUCCCCAACAUCCCCUCUCUCUUUCUAUCCCUUUUUCCCACUUCUCUCUCCAUUCCCUUCCCAUGGCUGAGUCUACACUUGCCUCUAAUUUCUGGCUUCCGGCCGGGAAGGAGACUCUCAGCUUCCCCACUGACUUCCCUUACGAGUUUGACUCGCUUGCCUCCAACUUCGACCUCAACUCACCGGUGGAAUCCGUUGUCAGCUCCACCGAGUCGACGGACAGCAGCGACGACGACGACUUCUUUGUGGGGCUGGCUCGGCAACUCGCAUGGACGUACCUCUGUGAAACUGAGAGCUCCCCCACUCCCUGCUUCAAUCCAAACAAAUUUGAGAAGAAGUAUGUUAAGGCUGGGUCUCCUCAGUCGACGUUGAGUGGAAUAGACGCCUGGUUUCGCCCUCAUAGUCCGUCUUCUCAGUUGAAAUCGCCUCCUAUUGCGGUUUUUGGGGCUGAGAACGAUGCGAGAGUCCUCGUUCAUGCAGCUGCCAGAGAAGCUGCAAGGUUGAAAAUGAGCGCCGAAACAACCCCAUUUCAGAGCAAUGACCCUUUCGUUAGAGGAUUUAUGGGGGCUCGAUCUUCCAUUCCAGUUAAAUCGACUAGUAAUGUGGAUUAUGGGCUGUUCUCGAAUGAGGGCUGUGCUCGGAAUCUGGCAUUUUCCGCGCAGGUGCAGCAAGUGAGACAUGAUCUAGUGCUGCAGGCUAUUUGUGCCUCUUCUUGGGGUAGACAAGCCAAGGUAGACUGGGCGGCUCCGCCGCACCGGAAGCCGGAGAUUCAGAACAGGGAAAGAAACAUUGGUCUUGGAGGGGGGAGAUGCAGUGGCGCCGCCGGUUUAUACCAAUCCGCAUGGCUCCCGCCGCCCCAAAGUCAGCCGCCACCGCCCAACGCCUCUGCCGUGCGUUGUAUUCAUCCUGGUGGACCCGCCGUCAAGAGAGCUUCCUCCGGCACCGGCGUUUUCUUGCCUCGCAGAUAUGUAAAUCCCUCGGAAUGCCGCCAGAAACAAGGAACCCCAGCCGUUCGAUUUCCAGAGGAGAUGAUAAAUCCCAUUCAAGCGCCGUUCAAUGGCUGCUUAUCCCCUGGCUUCGAUGCCAUGUUAGCUCGGAGGAAUACUUCCCUUUUGCCACUGCCAAGGAGCUUGCGGGGAGAGGCAGCCAUAAACCAAGAACUUCAUCUCCCUCAAGAAUGGACAUACUGAAAUCAAAAAGUUUGUUUUAGGGUUUGAACAGGGAGAAGCCAUUAAAGUAGCAGUAGAGAAGUAUUGAUUCAUGAAGAAGAAGAAGAAGAUGAUGGGAUUGAAAAAAAGGAGUUGUUAGUUUUAGGAGGCAGCAAUAAGUAACCAGGAAGUUGUUAUUUAUUGAAGGAUGUCGCAGCUUUAGAAUAAAGAAACACUGAAAGUUGUAGAAGUAGUGUGGGAAGAAUUGAAGCUUGAAGAAGAACUAAAGGACAGGGAAUGGUCUGUGUCCUUGUAAUAAAAUCUGUAAUUUUGUGUUAUAUUGAGAUUUUAGAGAUAUGUUUUUUUGGGUGAGGGGAAAAAUGUAAAAUUCCUCUGGCUUGUAGUUUUGUUGAAGGAUAUGCUUUAAUAAAUAAUAACAUAUAUGUUGCCUUUUGUUA